UGUGAGUCAGGACCAAGGAGGUGAGCUGGGUGCUUGGAUAAAGUUCCACCUGAUCUCCAUGGCCUUCCUGGUGGCUGGGACCCUGCAGGCAGCCUCACAGUGGGCAGAUGCUCAAGACAGCCUGGGGAGAAAGGGGAAAUACAGCCUGCAGGGUUCAAGAGUGGCCCUGACAAUCAGCAGUCAUGGGGUGUCCACUGCUACAGUCACUGCCCUGGACUGCAUAUUUGGGUCCCUGGGCUUUGAAAAGUGUGAGAAGAGGAGGACCUCUGUCCAGUGCUUCCUUGAGGAGCUGGUUUGGUUUCGGCAGCAUCUGGAUGCCCACAAGGGACCUGUGAGCUGUGCCCUUGUAGCCCUAGUGGCCCCCAGUGGGCAGCUGAGGCAUGCACAGCUGUUGGUCCGGGAGCUGAGUUGCUGUGAGGCUCUGAGGGGCUGCCCCAAAGUCUUCCUGCUACUCUCAAGUGACCAUGGGGCUGCCCCGGAGCCCGGAGCCUUCCUUGAUGGCCUGAGGGAGCUCUGUGGCUGCUGUCCACACUGGUCCCUGUUGCAACUGCUGACAGAGCUCUUCUGCAGGGUGGCUGAAGACUCUACUGGGGACACCUCCUGCCCAUUCCUUCGGAGCUCCUUACGGGGAGCACUAUGCCUGGGAGGUGUGGAGCCCUGGAGGCCUGAGACAGAACCCAGGCUCAGGGCUCAGUAUGACCUGUUGGGGGUCAAGGCUGCCCUCCUCCUGGCAGUGAUCCAAGACCGGCCUGGGGCCCAGCAUGAUGUGAAGGCUCUGGGGCACCUGUGCCAGGCCCUGGGCUUUGAGAUCACCUUGAGAAAGGACCCUACAGCUCAGGGGUUCCAGGCAGAGUUGGCUCAGUUCCGGGAGAGGCUGGACACCUGUAAGGGCCCUGUGAGCUGUGCCCUUGUGGCCCUCAUGGCCCAUGGAGGGCCUCAGGGGCAACUGCUGGGGGCUGAUGGACAGGAGGUACAGCCAGAGGCACUGGUGCGGGAGCUGAGCCAUUGCCAGGCACUGCAGGGCAGCCCCAAGAUCUUCCUGCUUCAGGCCUGCCGCGGGGGAAAGAGGGAUGCUGGUGUGGGGCCAGUGGCUCUCCCCUGGUACUGGCGAUGGCGUCGGACACUUCCAGCUAUCCCUACACAGGCAGAUGUCCUCCAGAUCCAUGCUGAUGCCCAAGGCAGCCCCUCCAGGGGUUCCACUCCAGGAAGCUCUGACCAAGCAGACAUCCUGACAGUCUAUGCAGCCACUGAGGGCUGUGUGGCCUAUCGGGAUGAGAAGGGUUCUGACUUAGUCCGGACGCUGGUGGAGGUCCUCAGAGCCAACCCCAGGGGAGAUCUCCUGGAGCUGCUGACUGAGGUCAACAGGCGGGUGUGUGAGCUGGACGUGCUGGGGCCAGACUGCGAUGAACUCCGCAAGGCUUGCCUGGAGAUCCGCAGCUCCCUCCGGCGCCGGCUCUGCCUGCUGGGCUGACCGCCCUGGCACAUCCAGUCUAUCGACUUCCUCAGGACAACGGGGCAGGCAGCCUGGGCAUGGCGCUUAGCGUUCAAUAA